UUGUGGAGCGGUUGUGCUUCUAACGCUUCCGUUUUUUCAGGCUCCCAUACUUGCGGAAUGCAAAACGGGGAGUCAAAAGAGAAUGGGGAGUAUAAGGAACAUUAUGGGAGUGGAGCAGGUUUACCUUUGAUGAAAACUGACAAGAAUGAUGGGAAGAAAACUCUUACUAACGGUUUAACGAGAACUCAUCGUCUUCUCACCGAAGAAGAAAUAGCUCAAGGAAAGCCUGCUCGAUGGACUGAGCUUGAAAUCCAUGGUCGAGUUAAAAACUUGUCAAACUCUUUGUGGAGGUUUCAAAAUCUUUCUGCAUUGUUCUUAAAUGGCAAUCAACUGACAAAGGUUCCUCAGGAAAUAUCUCAGCUCCGAAACUUGACUAUGCUGGAUUUGUCGCAUAAUAAGAUCCGUACUUUACCAGCUGAACUAGGUGACAUGAUCACGUUAUGCCAUUUAAAUUUGAACCAUAAUAUGCUCCGCGUCCUCCCAUAUGAGCUAGGCAAACUCUUUCGGAUCCAAACGUUAGGCUUACAAGGCAAUCCUUUGUCUCCCGAGAUUAACAAGAUCUAUCAUGAGUCUAAUGGAGCUUCUAAACUUCUUCACUUCCUCCUCGACCAUUUAGCCAUUAAUACACAACCACCUCCUGAUCGUAAUUGGGUUAUGAUAAGGCAUGCGGAUCCUGACAGAGCUAUAGCAACAUUCACAGUACUUUGCUACAAUGUUCUUUGCGAUAAGUAUGCAACCGUUAAUCAAUACUCGUAUUGUCCUUCUUGGGCUUUAAAUUGGGAAUAUCGAAAAGUGAACAUCAUGAAAGAGAUACGGAAUUACGAGGCUGACAUCAUAACGCUGCAGGAAGUGGAGACUGAACAGUUCCAUCUGCUUUUCCAACCUGAGCUCAAAAGCUUCGGAUAUAAUGGUAUCUUCUCACCUAAAUCGAGAGCCAAAACCAUGAGUGAAGAAGAACGGAAGUAUGUGGACGGCUGUGCCAUUUUCUGGAAGGCGGACAAAUUUGAAAUGGAGAAGCAACAUCUUAUCGAGUUCACUUCAUUAGUCAUGAAGAAAGCAUCCUCCUCAGAGCAUAUGCUUAACAGAGUUAUGCCUCGUGAUAACAUUGCUCUGUGUGCUGUGUUGAAAAUCCGGGAGAACGUUUAUCCAAACAGGCGAGUUGGAAUGACUGCUACUGAUAAUGUAGUUGGGAGCCCACUGGUAGUAUGUACAGCACACAUCCAUUGGGAUCCAGAGUUCUGCGAUGUUAAGUUGGUACAAACGAUGAUGCUGGCACAUGAAUUGUACAAACUUGUAGAAGAGGUCGCUGAACAGUUUCACAUUACGCCACAGCAAACACCUGUUUUGAUAUGCGGCGAUUUGAACUCUCUCCCAGAAUCUGGUGUUUUUGAAUUCUUAUCGCGUGGAAAAGUGUUCAGAGGACAUCAGGACUUAAAGGGAUUCAAAGAUGACAACACCUUGGAGAAAUUCUCAUCUUCUUCGGAUCCUACAAAUUUAAUGCAUAAUUUGCGUUUGGAAUCAGCUGUAGAUCAGAACACGAUUCCAUUCACGAACUAUACACUCGAGUUCAAGGGUAUGAUCGAUUACAUCUUCUCGACACCUCAAUCACUGGCUCGCCUCGGUAUCUUGGGGUCCUUUGAACAGUCGUGGAUAGCUUCCAACAAAAUACUUGGUUUUCCUCAUCCUCACGUUCCAUCGGAUCAUGUACCAAUCAUGGCUCAGUACGCCAUAAUACCAACAAGUCACCAACGAAAUCAUCCCCCUGUACACAAUCCUCACACCCCUAUGAUGACCAUGGGCUUUCAGCGAUAG